AUGACAAGAAAGGACUCCGUUGCGCAGAAGCCCACAGCAUCGACGCCACUGCCCCUCUACAAUACCGCAGUGCGGUCUUCCCUGGACCCGCGACCGGUGCUUCUGCGUGUCCCUUUGCUCACACCGAGCUGUCACGAGGCGGAGGACGGUAAUUCGGACAAUGAUGCAAGCUUUCUGCAUGCAGCUGAGCUGCAAAGUGGCCAUGUCGUUGCAGUGGACAGGAGUAGCAGCAGGAAGGCACGACGAAGCGCAGAUGGCUGCGAGGGUACCAACUUGAAAUUCGACAGCGCAAACCUUUCCUUGAUGAUGUCGCCGACACCGCAGCCGCUGUGGCCACAUGCAUCAGAGGUGAGUGUCACACGAGUCCCAGAUAAACACCUCGCCAAGGCACCAUCACCGCCACCUGCCGUUUCCCGGCGCAGUACUAGUGCCAUGUUAGUCUCACCACGACCGUCCCCGCUGAGCAAGGGCGGGAUGAAUGGGGAGAGGCGGGAAGGGCAUGUGCCUCCUUUUGCCCAAGUGUUUCCUGCGGCAUCAAAAGUACAAGAGAGAACUGGCGGUAAAGGUGAUUGUGCAGAGGUUCAGCGGUUUCUCCAGGUUGUUCCUCCACACCCACAGAUAAGAAGCCCACUGCAACAUCUCCUGGUCUAUAACAAUGAGGCACAACGGCAGAGUGAAGGGUCUUCAGUCGGUAAUGUGGGGCUUGUCGCACAAGGGAGUAGGGCGCAAUCGCACAGUAUUGCCGCAUCUGCAUCGUCACUGGCAGAUGAGGUGCAACUACGGUCCUCUUUCAUAAGAGGAGGUGAUUGGCGUUCACAGGUUGAUCCCUGCCGUACGUCGCCGACGUCUCUUCAGUUUUCCUUACCUCGUGAUGACAAGAGCAGUUCCUCCACUGACUCCACUCUUACCGCGCAGCUUCCUUUCAGUAGCACCCGGCGAUGCCUCCAGGGAAGCCGAAUUUCCCCCUUUUCAACUCGGAGGGUUGCCUUUUCGCUGGCGCUAGUAAACGAGGACGGCAGUACCUCUGGUGAGGAUCAUAGAAACGGCACUAAAAGGUCAACCCCACUGCCACCGUUGCGCUCUAGUUCUGUGCCCGUUUGUAGAACGGCUCGGGUUGCGGGUGGUCUAGCCGAUAACGCGCGACCGUCUUCUGCGUUGCACAACUCCUCUACCUUUUCGGUGCGACCCUCUACUGCUGAACCGGUGCAUCUACCUCAACCCAUAAUUCCUGCGAAGACGGAGAUCAUGAAGGUGUAUCAUGCCCUGCAAAUACAGGAGCAAGCGUUGCUGCUGAUGGAACGCGAAGAGAAGGAGCGUCGUGAAAUAACUACCGCCUACGUACACGCCAUACGGGGGUUAAUUGUGAAUUAUACCUUCCAACGCACCUUGCUUCUAGCAGGGGAUGAGAAGACGUUCUCCCCAAAUUCAUGCCCCUGGAAAGAGACGUCCACCACUUUAAAGCGAGAAAGGACAAAAAGAAAGGCUGCGGUGAAGGAGGAGGGAACGACUAAGACGAAGGCUGGUUUAAAAGUAGCCGGCUCACCGCCGCAGUCUUCCAUCACAAAAGCAGCUGGCUCUUAUUCGCCAAAGUUUUCCCCACACCGUAGCGUGGCUCUUGCCGAGGACAAAGGUGCCCGGAGGGAUUUGGUUCCUGCUUGUGUGCAUGACAGAUUUCAUAUGCAACGGUGUCAAGGGACUGAGAAGGAGCUCAUUGCCACAGGAUCUACUAGUGGUAGACGCCCCAUCGUUGACCCCAGCAGUUCUUCUGGGGUUGAAUCCCUUUUUUUGCUAGAGGUUGGUGAAAACAUGAGUUGCGUCGACCAUGCCAUGCGCCUUGUUGAGGGACGGCUUCUUCGUUUUUUUUCAGCAGAGACAAGCGCUCGGCAAUGCGUGGUUGAGGAGGAGGCUCACACGUUUCAUUUCCUUUUACGUUAUCAUCGCCUUUGCGAAAACGCACUUCAACCCGCAGUUAUCUACUUACAGGAGGCAUGCCAGUGGCAAAAUGUUUUGACGGAAGCAACCAAUGAUCUUCAUCGCCUGCAGGAUGCUCGACUUGAUUGGGAGCUUCAGCAGAAUAUAGAGUCUGCCCGUGCUUACGCUCGAAAUGUGGCCGCGCUGAUGGAGCAGGAAAAUCACAUCCGAUUCGUGCGUAUUCAGCAAACAGAAGCUCAAGAAUACCGUCAAUUGGUACAGGUUUUCUACUCAGGGUUGACAGCACUUGCGGAGCUAUGGAUGUGCAACCAGCGACGCCACGUGUGGGAACUAGAGGAAAGGAUGAAAACUAUUGUAUUUCAGGAGGGGGAGGACCGGGAGGCGGUGUGGAUCACUGAGCUCCGACAGAGAGGUGUGCUGUACCGAAGGUUUGAAAAUGAAUAUCAAAUUCGUGCAUCGUGCGCCUGGGAUUCCUCGCCCCCUACACGCGGGAAUAGGGAGGAUGCAGCGGUGGAUGCGUCGAUUGAAUUGAGUGCCAUUGUGGGGGUUCAUGGCGACGACCACUCGUGCGUCAGCCACGUGGAGGGCACUUCUGCAAAUUCCCCGGCGGCAGUGACGAUGUCAAAUGCAAAAACGCCUUCAACCAUGCAAUCUGUUAACAGCAUCGGUGCCCAGCUUAUGACUGUGGCUGCUGCUGAAUAUGACGCUGCCCGAGAGGCUACUUGGUCAAGGAGUGUAAAGCAGGCUGCGCAGGUUGAACGCGAGUUUUUUGAGUGGAACCCGACAUCAAACACUCUCCUCACUGCAACAAACAACACAACGACAGGGACGACUACACUUGUUGUGGGUGGUGAUUCGCAUUUGGUACAUAAUACAUCAAUUAGUGGCCAAGGGGGGCCGCUAGCGCCAUCAUCGCCCCAGCCGCGUAGUAUUCCUUGCUCCGGCACGACCUUGCACUCAGGUCUAUCUUCUCACCGUGAUGCUCUGGCUGCGGCGGAAGCGCGUGAUGAGGAUCAAACCCAACACGAUGAAACCUGCUGCAAUGCUCCCGCUGCCCUGUGUGAGGGGAAUGUAGAUGCAUCUAUAGAAGGAUUAGAUGUAACUCCUGACUCAUCGGGGUUGAACGCCUUGGUGUCAUCCAAUUCAAGUUGUAAGGCGUUGCGCCGCGAUGUUGGUGUCUCAGUGAAUCUGCGGUCUUUCGAAACCUCGCGAGCUGCAGUGAAAGGACAUGUGGCACGGCUGAACCGUCACAUCGUUCCGUGCUCUUUAAAGGAUCAUCGAUGUUGCAACGAGCAACGCCACGAAGUCAGUCUGCUGCCUCAGCGUCAACGCAGCGGUGGCCGAUCACACAUGACGUCGUGCGGUACCCAAUUGACUCCACCCACAAGACGCCCUUAUAGAGAUGAUGUUAUUUUUGUCCGAGACCCACAGAAACCCCUUUCAACAGCCACAAAGAAGGAAAGAAUUCCUGCGGAAGCGACGAUGGGGUUGAGGAAGGAAGUGUCCAAUAGAGCAGUGUUGAGGACGUCGUCUUCAUCCUCGGCGUCGCCCUGUCAAGGCGAGGAUGCGGUACGAGGAGAGGUUUCUCAAGAAGAUGGAACUGAAUUGGGAGGUGGUGAGGAAGGCCUUGAAGAAGUUGAGGUCCUUGAGGACAUAGAUGACUGGAGUCAAGCUUCAGGUGAGGUGGAAGAAGGCACAACACGUAGGGUUGAGGAGGCCCCUUUGCCUGUGCAAUCACCAUCGCUUCAUACUCCCUGCAUUGCUUACCUGACGACAGCAGCAUUGGAGACACAAGAAGCGCAGAAUGAUACCUUGUCCACCAAACAUGUGCGGCGUGAGUGUGACACAUUUCCUGAGUAUUCGCUUUCCACCAUGUUAGACACCACCGCGGCGGUGAGCGUAGACCCAUACGAAAUGGAUGCCCACAGGAUGAAGCAAAAUUGUGCUAUUAAGGUUGAGGAGGCAACCAGUCUUUCCUCUCCAUCCUCAUGCACCCAUAGCGUCAGCCAAAGUACAGGAAUAAAUAGAAUGUCCGAUAAAGGCGUUCAUAACAGCAAAUGCAUGCAUGACGGUGAAAGGUGUGAGGAUAUUUCUCGUUCGUUUUUCACCGAAGUGGAAGCCAAUGUGUUUACUCAAGCUAGGAGAGACUCCGUGGUAUUUUACUAUCCUCCGCUCAACUACAUGCGUCCAACGAUGUCGUGGCGAAGGCAACACGAAGGACUUGAAUGGCCAACGAAGCCUAGUCCGUCGCAGGGACGUAGCCAUAGCGUGAGAUCAAAUUGUAGCGGGCAAACAGGGAGCCAGCGACGGUGGAAGGAAGGCACCCCCACGCAUGUGACACGUGUCCCUCUCGAAGAGGGCCCUGGCGUGUGGGGAGAUGCGGAGAUUCCGCGUAGGCCGUUUGGCUAUGAUGUUUCAGGCAACAAGGCCUACGAGGUGACGAAUACCGUUUGCUCUCAAAUACCCGUCGUCACCACCAUCGCUUCCCCGAUUCGAAGACGAGAUGCGGCAUGUCGCUUCAUGGCAGAAGGAGCUACGACCCGCAGCCCCUCGCAUUCAGGGCGUUCUGUAUCGUGCCCCAGGGAUGAUUUUUCAACGGCAGCAAAGGCAAAAGUAGAAUUUAUGGAAAAAGAAAAUCAGGAGUUUUUUGACGAUCCGAUGACGCUGGCGAACCUUCAUGGGAUCAUCCAGCGGAGAUCUGUCUCACCACGCCAAGCCAGCGUUGCCACGAACGUUGAAACGUUAUUUAGAACUGGACGUUUGCGGUCGAUGACGCCUUCCUAUGUGGAUGCCUUUUAUAAACUUGACCACGAGGCGGCAGGGCGAAAGCGUCUUCUUGCUUCUUUGUGCCGUGGUUCAACGCUGCGGGAGUUGCCUCGAGCUGCGGCGGAGACGACCCCAUAUCGCCAGCACCAUCAACAUCAUCAUCGACGCAGUAGUGAUGGGAACGCUAGUGGUCGUGGUUUGAAGCUGUCUCCAGGGACUUCAUGUGGCAACUUUACGCGUUCGCCGUGGAGCCCCAAACCGAAACCAUGGCGCUGA